AUGCAGAUAAAAACAGUUGCAGAAUUAUACACGAAUUUUCGGGACUACUUUCAGAUUCGUGAGAUAUCGAUUCAAUUUGGUAUUGAUCAAGUACCGAGACGUGGAUGGGGAUUCAAAGCGGAUUUCUUUGCCGUGAUGGCCAAUGCUUUAGCGACCGAGUGCGUGUUCUUGGAUGGUGCCGCUCAUCAGCCAACUGAAACCAUCGAAGCGUGGGCUGAACUCGUUGAAUUCAUGUUUAGUAGUGUCCGAGAUGGCUAUUAUCAACAGGUGCGUACAUUACUGUGCUUGAAUUUACACUGA